CAGACACUCUGUUUCUUAAAGAGUCUUCGCCAACUUUUUGUGCCCCUAAUUUCUUCAGCCACUAACAGAGAAUAGGGACACCCUGUUUCUUAAAGAGUCUUCGCAACUUUUUGUGUCCGUAAUUUCUUCGGCACUAACAGAGAGGAUCUAUCAGAGGCUUCUUGAUCCCUGUGACGUAAAAAAAACCCCAAAAUCUCAGAAACCGUGUUCCGGUUCUAAUGGCAUGUCAAAUUCAUGUCUCACGCGUCUUGCCAUCAUCGUUAUCAAUCUUAGAAUCUGAAAAAGGUCGAUUCUUUAUGAUAAAUUUGUUCCACAGGAGAAACCAUCAAAGAGAUUCGUGGAUUCAUCCAAUGAGCAGCUUUCAGAUUCGAAGAAAAAAUCAGAGAAUAGCGUUUGCGUUAGACACAGGUUCUUCUUCUGUUUCUGGAGAUAAUGGAGGAGGACAAGAGAUUAAUGGAGACAGAACAGGUCUAGGAAGCACUAGAUUAGGAAGAAUUGCGAUUGCGUUAGGCAAUGAGUUGCUUGUGAAGAUAAACACUGCAAGAAAAAACUUCCCAAUGAAGAUAUUUCUGCUGCUUCUUGGUUUCUAUACUGCAAAUGCAUUGGCCACGAUUCUUGGCCAAACCGGUGAUUGGGACGUUCUUGUGGCUGGAAUCGUCGUGGCUGCGAUUGAAGGAAUCGGUAUGCUUAUGUACAAGAAGCCACCUUCUACAAUGUUAUCUGGGAAGUUACAGUCUUUUGUUGUUUUUAUGAAUUUCUGGAAAGCUGGUGUUUGUUUGGGUCUCUUUGUUGAUGCUUUCAAGUUGGGUAGUUGAAAAAUUAAUCCUUUCUUUUCUUCUAUUAUAAUGAGUAAUGUUUGUGUAUAGAGAGAGACUUUGAUUAGAUUCAGAAGUGUAUCAGUUUUGUGUGAAUAUGUUUGGGAAAUGCAGGUUUUGUUCUUGGCACUUUAAACCCAAUUCUCCUCAUCUUUGUAUUAUACCCACUUUAACAAGAAAUCUCAACUUACAAUAGUGUCUACAA